AUCCGAUCCCGCCGCCCCGCGCCGAAACCCUAGCCGCCGCCGCCCUCCAUUGACGCGCCAAGUCGAGCUCGAAGCCUCGCCUCCCAGAGCCGCCUUGUCCGUCGCCAAGCAGCCCAGAAGCAAUCCCGGAGCCGCCGCAUCCCGUUUGGGCCGAAACCGACGCGUCCCCGGCUCCGGAACCAACUCCUCGCUCUACUCCGACGACCUCCAUCCCUCUCCUCCGACGAACGGCAUCUCCCGGACCUCCCCGACGUGUUUACGUCCCAGGGCCGUUACCAAUCUUCCACUGCUCCCGCUUGCCCGCAGCCAUGGCGAGCAGCUUCGCGCUGCUGCUGCUCCUCCUGGCGGCGGUCGCGUCCACGAUCGCCGAGCUGGACGAGAGGGAGCCGCACAUCGAUCCAGCGUCCACCAUCGCCGAGCUGUUGAAUGCGGCAGUCACGUCCACCACCGCCGAGCUCGAUGAUGUCGAGCCAGCCGACUGCGACGGCUACAGGACUUACAUCGUCAUGCUCGAGCCACUAGAAGGAGGCCAAGAUGCUGAUGUUGAUGCUGCCAGAGCGUGGCACCGCUCCUUCCUGCCAUCGUCGACGACGGCACAAGGCAAGCCGAGGCUGCUCUAUUCCUACCGGACCGUCUUCACCGGCUUCGCCGCGUGGCUGACGGAUGAGGAGCUCAAGGAGAAGGAGGUCUCCGCCAAGCCAGGCUUCGUCCGCUCCUUCGACAACAACAUCUACCGCGGGCAGAUGACGCCGACGCCGACGUCGGUGUCGUUCGUGGACCUGUCGAACCAUAUUGGGGAGUCCCCGGAUAACUGACCUGGUGUCGGCGGAUACUUGCCUUUGGACAUGGACAACAGGCACGUCUGUUAACGUAUAUACUAGAAGGAAAUGACCGCGCGUUGCCGCGUCCGGUCUAAUACAA